AUGAGCGAGCAUUCCUCUGACGACGAAGACGUUGUGGUAUUGCAGGUGUGUGCAAAUCGGCACUGCCAGGGCAUUGACGACCUCGAGUUCGACGAGGAGACGAACCAGAGCUACUGCGGCCGGUGUCGUGCGCUUCACGCCCGCACCGAGACGGAAGGCUUUCGCAUUCUGCUGUCGAACGACGACCUCGACCUCGUGAAGCUUAUUUUUGGCAAGUUUGAUCAGAAGAGUCGCGGAUUCUGGACGUACAAGGAAUGGAAUGCGUUUCAGGAAGUGACAGACCGCGGUUCUGACGACCCGAUUGAGUCGCCGUCCGCCUUAAAGGAGUUUUUCAAGGAGGAGUACGAUAUCGACAUCAGCCCCCACGGCAACGAUGGCGCGGUAGUCCUUCUGGUUGAUCUGGAAAACAUGUACGGGGGUUAUCUAUACAACAACGUUGACGCACUUGUGGAGGAUAGCGAGACCAUGGAGGAUCAGGGGCUGCUGCACACAGGUGUACUGGAGUAG